AUGGGGAAGAAUAAGAAAAAGAGGAAUCAAAAUGAAACCCCCAUAUCUUCGGUAGAAACCAAGGUACCCUCGAAUGGAAGUAAUGUUGUUAAAGACGAACCUACAGUAACAAACAACAAGGAUACUGUAAGUUUAUUUUGAGUUUGUUUGAUUCUUAGGGAGAAGAAAAACGAAAAAAAGUGUUAAACGAAAUCGAGAGGAGGAAGAAGCAGAUCGAAGAUGCCACCAAACCCAUCCCCAAAGAAGCACAGUAUCCCCGGAUCACCUUUUAUCCCUUCGCCUAUGCCCUCUCGGAGAAAUUUCUAGACAAGGCUUGUUGGUAUUGUUUACAGCUGAAUGUCCAAUUAAGGUGGGCCUAAUCAAAUUGGCAAUCCGACACUUUUAGUUAUUGCACAAACUGCAAAGUUGCACGCUUUUGUUCUGAGAAAUGUGAGGAAUUAGCAAAAAAAGACCAUCAGCCAGAGUGCAGAGGAUACAAGAAAUCCAAAAAUAAAGAUUACCCCAAUAUUGAAGUCCGGCUUCUAGGAAGAAUCUGUUCUCGAUACAAUGCAAGUUCAAUGCAAUGUAAUGAAAGGUGUUUUAGAUGAUAAAGAAAGGAGAAGACAAGGCGAAGGACUUUUAUUUGGAACGGACAUCCAAACGAUCGGUGAUGGAGAUCUGGGCCCAUGAACAAGACUUCGCAGAACAUCAAGAUUACACAACUCAAUUCAUGGGUAGGAUACUUUAGCCGUUAGAAAAUUCUUAAUUCGAAUACGCUUAAUCUAUUGUCAUCAUUCAGAAAUCUAUGACAAACUGAUAAGAUUCUAUCAUAAAGACGACCUGCCCUCCAAGAAAGACGUAUUCAAAUUACAUUGCCGCGAUUUCAUUAACAGACAUGCCAUUUGCGAUAAGAAUUAUGAAAAUGUAGGAGAUAAUGUUGUAGUCCCUAAGCUGUUCAGGAAAUCGGGAAGGGCCUCUACUUGGAUUUGUGUGCCUACGAUCACAGCUGUAAACCCGAUACAGUAUUCUUUUCCGAUGGAUUCAAAUCUAUCUUGGCUGGACUACACAAAACAAAAGACAUCUCGGAUCCAAACAAGAGUUUCUACUCAUACAUCGACCUUCUUGGGUGAGCUUAUACCAUGCAAAUCGUUAGUUAAACCAUUACAGAACAUUUGAUCAACGGCAGAAACAGUUGAGGGAUACCUGGUUCUUUGAGUGUAAAUGCGAAAGAUGUUUAGAUCCCAAGGAUCACAUUCUUACAUCCAUUAAAUGCCAAUUUUGUGCAAAUGUAAGGGUAAAUUAACAUAAAUAACGAGCUUAGAGAGAUGUUGAGAGUACAAUCAUAGUCCAAGGAGCAUUGGCGCCUCGAAAGGAGGGCCGACUAGUCUGUCCGAACUGUGAUAUCAUCCAAGAACCCUUCCAUAUCAUGGAGUGUAACUAUACCAUCAGGGAUAUCGGCCUCUUUUUGGAUAACAUGGAUCAGAUCCCGGAACAUGAGAUUACUGCUCAUUUCGAGUUAUUCAAACAAAAGGGAGUCUAUUGUCUGCCAAAACAGAAUGUCUACAGAGCCAGACUUCUACUGGUAAGCAUCAGUUAUAUUGCUUUAGGCAUUAAAUGUAAUCAAAUUAAAAAUAUAAAAAAUAACAUUUAUUACAUAACAGCAAUAUGCAAGUCGGAUUUCAACCAACGACGAAGAGAAGGCGAUGUUAAUGUGGUCGGUGGAAGAUUGCCUGAGGCAUUGUUUCCCCCAGAACCACCCCGGUCUCUCAUACUUCCUCAAAGAUUUGGCUUUUUAUUGUAAACAGUAAGUUAAGGAAAAGAGAUAUGUAAAGGUCAUCACCGAAGUUCUCGGCUUUUAUUUUUGCUGUUGCAUCGAAAUUCAGUGCAAAAGUGGGAUGACAUGGAUUUUGAAAAAUCAGUGCCAAAAGCUGGAAAUUGUGGGAAAAACCAGUUCAGAUUUUGGAAAAUCGUUCCAGGACGAAAAGUGGGCACUGAUUUUUCAAAAUCAAUGUCAACCCAUUUUAGCACCUUACAAUCAAUUCGACCCAACAGCAAGAAUAAAAGAACUUCUGUGACCCCUUUACGUCAUAUAAAUAAGUAAAGUAACAAUUGCAGAGCCGGAUUCUUCAAAGACAGUGUCAAAUAUUACGUGGAAUGCCUUCAGGGCUUGGAAAGAAUCUUUGUGACACAUCCAUUAAUCCAAGAGAUAAGAGAUCUAUUGCCAGGAAUUCAGAAAAGAAUGAUUAUGGUAUGUCAAGCAUGGAAAAAGUGAAAACAACAAUACAUUUAGGAAGAACAGAAAGGGAAAACAAAAAUCUUGAGCAAUUUGGACUUCGAAUUCGAUGAAUCAGAUCAGGAAAUGCCCGAAUUGAUCGAAUGCAAGGUCUCAAAUGGCAGUUCGAAGGAAAGAGCUCAGCAUCGACGCUCUCAUCGUGCGCCGACUCCAUUGCCGCCGGAACCCGUAGAAGAGGAAUAA